UGUCAGCAAGAUAUAAAAAACACAGGCAAACUUGCGAUCACUACAUUCUACCAACAACUUCCCGCUUAGACAAGCAAAAUAUUACCGCAACUUCUACUUGUCAGGAGCGACAAUAAUAAGCUGGCAGAAUGUCCUCAAUUUUGAAUCAACGUAAGCAGCAGUCGAGGACCAAGGUGGACAUGCCAUCUACGGCGAGAGAGGCAGGGCUUGUGAAUACCAGACGGGAGAUGGCAACGGAACGAGAGUACCGCAGACGCCAGAGACUCAACCGAGCAUUCAGUGCACUGGCCACCUGUAUUCCACCGCGAUUCUUGGGCAAGGGGACCAAAUUUGAGGUACUGUGUGGAGCUAUCAGUUACAUUGACGAACUUGUGGAUUUCAUAGUACAACACCAUGUAACAUCUACCUUAAUCCAAGAGUGGACUCCUGCGGGACAAGAGGGGGCGUCUCAGGGUGAGGUGCGAGAAGACGGGAAUCAAAGACAACACAGCAAAGGUACACUGUAAAACACCUAGUAAAAUUUGAAUUGAAAACAGUCAAACUGACUACAGCGGCGCGGUCAGCUGCGUGCAGGUUUGACUAUUUUUGGUCAUAUUUAACUACUGUGUUUUAAGAGUGUAACUGUAAGAGAACAACGAGAUUGACUGACAAACGAAUGCCAGUCUUGACGUUUUGUACGCCUGCAAAAUGGCAUCGAAGACGAAGUCAAGGGUGCCCAUUACCACCCGAAAGCCGUACGAGGAACUUAUGGUACCAUAAUAACCUGUAUUUACAUGUAUUCUAUAAUUAAGAACGUUCUCACAUUUCCUACACUUAUAUGAAACAAAGUAUUCAUUGUUGUUGCGUGAGAUUGUACUCGUUGUAGUGGUAAAAAGGGAACAUGGUCGUUUGCGGAGUAAAACGCUCAGGCGCGGUUCUAUUUUAUAAGAGAAUUGAUAUGACUAAUUUCCAUAAUUAAUAACUUUGAUGAGGGGUAUACAAAUAAAUUUGGCGAUUAAAUUAUUAGAGUAAAUAACACAGAGGUUCUGUCUGGGGAUGUUACUGAAAAACUGUUAAUUCAUAAAAUUCAGUUCUAUUAUUUACGCUUUUUCAUUGAGCUGUUAUUGGAGAUGGCUUUUCCUGGUGCCUACAAAUUUGUAAUAUAAAAGACUCCAAAUGGUUACCCAGAUUUGAAGCAGAUAUAUGGUAGUUUUGGGCAAUACUCAGCAGUUGAUUUUUUUCUUUAUAAUCAGAAAUGGUAUCAAAAACAUACAGCAGUUGAAUAUUGGGUUUUUUUGGUUCCCCCCCCCCAUUUUUAUCCCUGCGUAUUGGAACACACUGUCAUGUGUUUUAUUGUUUCUAAUGUGUGCUAUUGUAGAUAGGAUAGAUUCAUUUAAUAAUCAUGUCAGCUUUUGCUUUGGAAAUGUAUCAAAUGAUGACAUCGAUACUUGGCAGUAUAAUUUGAGAGGGAGGAGAACGAAGUGUAUGCGUGGGUAAGGCUCCAACUUUUAGUCCCCUCAAUUUGCAUUUUUUUUUUUACUGACAACAAGACAGGUUUAAAAAAUCGAAUUCCUGACAUUAAAAUAAUUCAUGUUAACAGCCACAUAAAAAAAAAAAUCAUUUCAUUUAUCUGAUUUUGCUCCGAUUAUAUAAGGGCCGUCUAAAUUCAUAUUCGGGACAAGUUCCAGACAAGUUGCAGACAUUGUAUCGGGUAUAAGUUGCAGGAUUCUGAACAACUUCCCCGCAAUAUUCCCGCAAUGAAGUUAUCAGUAUUAGCGAGUCAAGCAAUUGCUAAUGAAUAUUUCCCCAGAACAUGUCUGGGACAAAUGCAGAGCUUGUUCCGGACAAAGUGAAUGACUCUACCCACAACUUAUCCGGAACUCUUCCUGAAUAUGAAGUGAGACAAGCCCCAUUGUACUUUAGAAAUACAUCUGGAAAUUGAGCUGAAGGCUUGUACAUUGUUUAUUUAUUGUGCAGUAUUAGUCAGGAGGCAUUUUCUUUCUUGAAUUUCGCAGUCUUUCUGUGUUGUUUUAUUUAUUUUAUAAUGGAUUGCAUAAUCUCGGACGAUAAAAAACCCUUUUUUCGUCCGCUUAGGGACAGGUGAGACUUGUCAGUUCUGAAAGACUUAAUUGUCAAAACAGAAUGUGCGUAAAACUUAACUUUUAUUUGUGUAGAAUUAAACAAAAAUAAAAUUAGCUGGUUAAUUUAACUGUGUAGAUAAAAUUGUAUAAAUCUUAUCACAAAUUGUAGGCUGUCUUUUGGAAAAUAUAAAACCCCUUCCACUCCCCAGUGACACUACCCCUUUGACAUUGAUCAAUAUUUUGGUUUUGAAAGGCCCGAACCUCCCCUUCCCCAAACUAGCCCAAUUUAAAAUCUAAAUUAAAAAAAA